GAAGUGGUUACUAUACCGUUGUUAGUUGUUAUCAACAAUAUAAACACGAACAUAAUAUUAUUUUAUCCGGAUAUUACAAGGUCUUUGCUAUCUUAUCGUUGCUAUGAAUCGAUUGUGAUUAAUCGAAGAUUGUUUCAAAAGCCGUGAGAUGAUGUGUUAUUCGGUCAACAUUUAAAGUUGUGAAUUUUUUAUUAUUUGAACAGUUCGAUAUAGUUAUUAAUGAAAAUGAAUUCGCAUCAGAGAGAAACUACUGUUUCCGUGCCCCUCACUCCGACCAGAUCCGAUUUAUAUUGGCGCAGAAUAUUUAACAAAUACGACAGAGACAAUGACGGGAAGAUAUCUUACGUGGAAUUAAAAAAUAUAAUAGAAUCAAGAGAGUACGACCAUGAUCUACCAGAUAAUGUUGUGGAGAAGAUAAUGGCGCUAGUGGACCGAGAUAAUUCUGGAUACCUGGACUUUGCUGAAUUCGUUGAAAUGAUGCACAAUCCAGACCUUAAAGCUGUAUUUGGACACUUCGUUGCCAGAUAUGUCCAUUCUAUUAUACCGCAUAGAGAUCCUGUUGAUACUACAGUCCCGUACCGUAGCAAAGCAUACUUCACAUACACAGACGGAACAUACGAAGAAGAAUAUAGUUGCUGGCCGCCAGCUGUCUGCAUGAUCAUCAUCUCCCUGGUGGAGAUAGUGCUGUUCUGCUAUGACGCCGCACAAGGAAAGACUGAUGCUACAGGACCUAUUGCACAGAUCUUCAUCUACAAUCCACAUAAAAGACAAGAGGCCUGGCGGUUCUUGACGUACAUGGUGGUACAUGUUGGCGUGGUGCACUUGCUAGUCAACCUAUUGGUGCAGCUGUUCCUUGGUGUGCCGUUGGAGAUGGUGCACCGCUGGUGGCGAGUAGUGCUGGUCUACCUGUCUGGGGUAGCGGCCGGCAGCCUCGCCACUAGUCUCGCCGACCCCAAGGUGUAUUUAGCAGGAGCCUCAGGCGGCGUGUACGCGUUAAUCGCGGCACAUGUUGCUACAAUUAUUAUGAACUGGUCAGAGAUGGAGUACGCGAUAGUUCAGCUGCUGGUGUUUUUGUUGUUGGCAAGCGUGGAUGUGGGCACUGCGGUGUACGACCGCUACUGGCGUCAUCUGCAGCAGAACAUCGGCUACGUCGCUCAUCUCGCGGGUGCAAUCGCCGGUCUACUUGUAGGUAUAGGAGUUUUACGUAAUCUAGAAAAAAGAAAAUGGGAGAAGAGACUAUGGUGGGCGGCGGUCGUUAUCUACUUCUCUCUUAUGAUAGCAGGAGUUUUAGCAAACAUCUUUUGGUAUUCCCAUUUCCUGUGAAAAUAGUAAAAAUUUAAAACCAAAGUAUUUUAAAAAUGCUAUUUGAAAAAUUAUAAAAAAAAUGUCCUCAUAGUGAACUUUGUACAAUUCAACCAAAAAGUAUCAAUAG